AUGGAUACAAAUGAAAAAGAUAAUAAUUUGGUUUCUACUAUUAUUGCUGUGAUUAUAUUUUUUAUUUCAAUGAUUUUGGGUUGUUGUAUUUAUUGGAUUGUUAGAAGAUGUAGAACAGAAAAAAGUAGUUAUAAUCCCAAUGAAGAAUUAUUAAGAGGUGCUCAAUUAUACAAAAUGAAAAAUAGUGAAUUUUACGUCUAA